UGACAGCUGAUUGCUGAAGAAAUGUCAGUGUCACUGCCUGCCUACUUCUGUUUUGCCGCAGCCACAUAUUAAUUUCAAAAAUUCCAAGUUAUUUCUGCCAAUUCUAACAUUUUCUAAAUAAAAGUUUAUAUUCAUGAGUUUUUAAAUUGUUGGUUCAGUUAUAAAGUGGCAAAAUAUACACAAGAAUCAAGAUGUCUAAGAGAAACCAACCGAGUUGGUCCCCGCCAUGUUCAGGAGAUAAGAGGCCUGUUCUGAAAUUGUUCAAUAGUCUGACGCGACAAAAAGAAGAGUUCAUAUGUUCGAAUGGCAACAGUAUCAACUGGUACAGUUGUGGACCUACUGUGUAUGAUGCCUCCCACAUGGGGCAUGCGAGGUCAUACAUUUCAUUUGACAUUCUGAGACGUGUUAUGUCAAACUAUUUUGGUUAUGAUAUACUGUAUGUCAUGAAUAUAACAGAUAUUGAUGACAAAAUUAUUAAGCGAGCAAGACAAAAUUAUUUAUAUGAGAAAUAUGUUAAAGAGCCCAAAGAUCUGACCAAAAUUAUUGAUGAUGCAACUGCUGUUGUGGAUUUCUAUGAAGGUGUGGUAAAGGAAGCAACAGAUCCAGAUAAAAAAAAUACAAUGCAAAAAAUGUUGGAAAGUGUUGCAUCAGCAGUAAAAGUUCUCAAAGCUGCUGUAGAAGAGAACCAUAAUGAAAAAAUAGAAACAGCCAAGAGUGAUAUGUUGAAAUCAGCAAAAGAUCCUAUAUCUGAAUGGUUAGACAAACAAUAUGGGGCCACAGUCACUGACAAUGCAAUUUUCACAGCUUUGCCUAGGUACUGGGAAGAUGAGUUUCAUAAAGAUAUGAAAGCACUUAAUGUAUUACCACCAGAUGUAUUAACUAGAGUAAGCGAAUAUAUUCCACAAAUUAUAACGUUUAUACAAAAAAUUAUAGAUAAUGGCUUAGCAUAUGAAUCAAAUGGCUCAGUAUACUUUAACGUUAGCGAGUUUGAUAGCAAGGACCAACACCAUUAUGCCAGACUUGUGCCUGAAGCAUAUGGCGAUACUAAAUCAUUGCAAGAAGGAGAAGGAGAUCUCAGUGAUGAUACGGCUGAGAAGCGUUCGCCGAAUGACUUUGCCCUGUGGAAGCGCAGUAAAGCUGGUGAGCCUUCGUGGGGGUCGCCGUGGGGCGCCGGGCGGCCCGGCUGGCACAUCGAGUGCUCCGCCAUGGCCUCUGACGUGUGCGGUUCCAACCUAGACAUACAUACGGGAGGGGUGGACCUCAAGUUCCCUCAUCAUGAUAAUGAGUUGGCUCAAAGUGAGGCACAUUUCGACAAGCCCGGCUGGGUGAACUAUUUCUUGCACACGGGUCAUCUCACUAUCGCUGGUUGCAAGAUGUCCAAGUCCUUGAAGAACUUCGUAACUAUAUCCGACGCAUUGAAACGUCACUCCGCCAGACAGUUACGCAUUGCGUUCCUUCUACACGGCUGGAAGGAUACUCUGGACUAUUCGGAUAACACAAUGGACAUGGCCAUACAGACAGAGAAGAUGUUUAAUGAAUUUUUCCUCACGGUGAAAGACGCCAUACGCGCCGGCUACGACUCAGGCUGCGGUGGUGCGUGGAAUGCGGAGGACCAGCAGCUGUGGAGCAAGCUUAGCUCGGCGAAGGAGCAAGUUCAUGCUGCUCUAUGUGAUAACAUCGACACGCGCAGCGCUGUCGACGCGCUACGUGAGCUGGUGGGUGCCGCGCAUGUGUACCUGCGGGCGACGUCCCCGCGCAGCGCCCCGCUAUUGGUGGAGUGUGCGCGCUACGUCACCGACGUGCUGCACGUGUUCGGCGCCGUGGAGGGCCCGCGCGGCCUAAUCGGCUUCCCCGUCAGCGGCGCCAGUGACGUCUGCGUGAGUACACAGCGCCCGCUAUUGGUGGAGUGUGCGCGCUACGUCACCGACGUGCUGCACGUGUUCGGCGCCGUGGAGGGCCCGCGCGGCCUAAUCGGCUUCCCCGUCAGCGGCGCCAGUGACGUCUGCGUGAGUACACAGCGCCCGCUAUUGGUGGAGUGUGCGCGCUACGUCACUGACGUGCUGCACGUGUUCGGCGCCGUGGAGGGCCCGCGCGGCCUCAUCGGCUUCCCCGUCAGCGGCGCCAGUGACGUCUGCUUGGAAGAGGCAGUGAUGCCGUACCUGGAGGCGCUGAGCACGUUCCGCGGGCGCGUGCGCGAGGCGGCGCGCGCGGGCGCGGCGGCCGACGUGCUGGCGCUGUGCGACGCGCUGCGCGACGACGAGCUGCCUGCGCUGGGCGUGCGCCUGGAGGACAAGCCCGAUCGGACUGUGGUGAAGCUUGUCAGUAAAGAAGAAUUAAUGAAAGAGAGGGAAGAGAAGAAAAGACAGGAAGCAGAGAAGUUAAGAAAGAAACAAGAAUUAUUAGAGGCGCAGCGAGCCAAAGAAGAGCAGAAGAAAAUCCCUCCCACUGAGAUGUUCAAGCGAGAAAAAGACAAAUAUUCAAAGUUUGAUGAUAAGGGUCUACCCACCCAUGACCACGAGGGCAAAGAACUCAGCAAGGGGCUGGUGAAGAAACUGCAAAAGUUACAACAAGCUCAAGAGAAGAAGUACAACGAAUACUUAGCUUCAGUUAACAGUAACUCGUGAUAACUGUGUAAUCGGUUGUUAAAUAAUAACGAACUAAAAUUCUCAUUCCGAUUUGCGUGAAGUAUUUAUAUAACUUAUCGUAUUUUUUGUAUAUAAGUAUAAAUGUAAGAUUUAUUAUCUUUCGUUUGUAAUGUAAACUAAUGCACACUUUUUUGUAUAAAGAAUAAUUUUUAAAACAAAA